AUGGAAUCGGCGGCGGACAGCGAGGACACUUCGCACUCCCGCUCCGUGAAAAGGAAAACAUCGGACCUCGCCAGCCCAUCCGGACCGGCUGGCGCCAAGAGGAUGAGACUGGGAGAAAAUGGCUUCGGUUCCCAUCCUGACAGGACCUUUCGUCUCCCAGCGGAGAUUUGGCAUCGCAUCUUUGCCCUGCUCCCACCAAAGACCCUGGGCUGUUUGUUGGCCGUCAACAAACGCUUCCACAAGUACCUCGACCCUUCUUCCCCGGUCGAGGACGACAUCUCGCAGCCUUGCCAUGUCCCCCCCUCCAUCCUACCGCCGCUGAAGCCCGAUGCCAUCUGGCAGGCUUCUCGGCGUUUCUUCUGGCCGCAUAUGCCGGGGCCGCUCAAGGGAAGGUCAGAGAUCGAAAUGUGGCGUCUCUGCUGCACUCGAUCUUGCCAGUUCUGUGGCACCCGCGUGCGCCCAGAGAGUGGAAGAACACAGGACCAGUGGCAUCGCGGGCCAGGCGCCAAGGGCGUCUCACCCAUCUUCCCUUUUUUUCUCGUCAUCUGCGGUCGAUGUCUCUCCGAAAACACUAUCAAGGAAGUACAUCUCUUUCUCUCGCCCUCGAUACCCUCUUUUCUCCUGGCAGGUCUUCCCAUGGUGUUCGUGACUUCUGAACUGCAUGUCAUCCCCCCCCAGCUCUUGUCCACCGGCACAGACCUCAUGCACUCCCAGGUCGCAAAAAUAUUUUCCUCGGAGCAGGCCAAGGCUAUCCACGCCGAGUUUGAGGGCGUCAAGGCGCUUGGCCAUGCUGCUGCAGAGGAAUGGGUCAAGGGCCUUGAAGCUCGUGGGAAGCGUUCACUUGCCGAUGCUUCGCGCUGGGAGAGAUGGUAUCUUGCUGGCGGCGUCCACGAUAUGCGCGCUUCCCUCCAAAGUCUGCAAUCGUCCACUCAGAAAACUGAGGCGCCUUCUCCUACUAGAAUCCUCGAUGCUCAGGCCUCCGUCAACGAGCCGCAAAAGUCUGGCGGAGACGUGAUGCAGCAUCGAGAGCCGCCCACGAGCAUCCAUGACCUCAUACGGACCCAACCCGAGGUGGGAAACGUAGCCACAGGACCAGGCUCACGCCCUGUUGAUCACGCAAAGCUCGCCGAAGAGGAGGCGGCUGAGCUUAAGGCCCUGAGAAAAGCCGAGAUCGAACGACGAGCGGCACUGCUCGACCCGCCGUUCACCCUGAGCGACUUAAGCCGUGUGCCUGCCUUUCUAGCGAUGAUUCGGAUCCCAGUACCACUGGACGAGAGAGCCUGGGGAACCCUGAAGCAGCGUCUUCUCGACCACCGAGAAGCCGCUGAGCAGCGACGACCAGAAAUCCCAGCACCAAUUUCCUCUCACCCGGAGAGCAUGAACGCAACCGAGCAAUGGGAUGAGACUCAAGGGCCGUUGCGGGCUAGGAUAUCUGGAUUCGCGGACGACUACAUACGGCACAGCUGGAACGAUGGCGCAAAUUUAUCCAAGAAGGAGGCUUCGCGCUUUGCCGUGGAGGUAUUAUUUUACGUACGAAAGAGGUUUUAUGCUGAAGUGGCCAAAGAUGCUGCCGCAGUGCAGGCCGCCGGCCGCAGAGCGGUCCCAGACCCCCCUACAGGUCCCUGGACUCAGAAACUGACGCUUGAGCAUAUGAAAUGGAUUUUCGAUGCGAAAAUCAAGAAGCACACAGAUCGGCACGGCACGGAGCUGUUCUUCUGUACCGGCUGUUCAGGCAAUCGCAAGGCAUUCGGGCUUCAAGCGGUCGUUCAACAUUAUGCGGCGAAGCAUACCGCAGCCCUUAGUAUGGGCAAUAGAGUUGUUCACUGGAGGACUGAAUGGCCCGAGACGCCCAUUUUCGAGUCGGACCCGAGACGGAAGACAACGAAGCAAGCUGGCGAGGGCUCCAAAAGCGACCCUCUUCAACCCCCGCUCCCCCACGGUCGCGAUAGCCACCCGGCUUUGCCGCCCUCCGGUGCUUCUAACCAAGCUCUCGGCCAUGCAGCCCGGGCUCCCAAUGCAUCGCAGGCUCCUCCCGUGCCCGCUCAUGCAAACCUGCGUCAGCCUUUGCAACAUCCUCAGGUUCCAACCCAUCCAUCCUACCCGCAGCGGUUGCAGCUUGUUGGUCCUCAGCCGCCCGAACAGGCCCCAGGAGCGUCGUCGACUGGUAAAGGCAACGCUUCCCGCACAAACAACCCUGCAGCUACGGCAGACUGUCUUAACCGCGGGCAGUACGUGGCUCGACUCAAUUACAUGGCUAGAAUUUGCAAAGAGAUUUGGCGCAAGAUUGCGCACAUGCACGAUUUGCCUGAUUCAACCAAGGCCCACGUUCUUCUUCACCACAUUGUGGCGAGGUUUGAGGAGAAGUUUUCUGAACGACCUUCACUGAACACUUUCAUUGAUGGCAUGUCAAAUCACAGGGAUAUGAGACCGGCGCGCAGUAUCAAGAGCCUGCAUUGCAAAACAUGCGACUUCAGCCAUGAUGCCGAAGCCGAACCGAAGCCUCUGACGUUUCCCCAACUCCUGAAGCAUUUUAAGAUGAAGCACAGCGAGGGUACGGGAGACCAGCUAGGAAGUGGUCCUGUUGAUUGGCACUUCAACAUGAUACGCUCCCCAGACCGGCGGGCUAUUCCCGAGCUCCAAAAAAGCCUCGGUAAGCACGAGGCGGCUCUCCAAAUAGUCACCGACGCGUUGCCGUGGGCCGGGCAAGUCAAGACCCCUAAAGCACCAGCUGUGGAUCAGCGACAAGGCCCCAUGAGCGGGGCGAUGCAGCAGAAGAGGCCUGUUCAGAACGCGGGCAACACUUCGCAUGAUCUGUCGAGAGCCACAAGCUUCCAGCACCAGCUCGACAGAAAGACCAAUCCGUUACUCACGAUCAUGGGGCAAGGCCAGAUUUGCGGCCUGCGAGAGUGGUUUACGGGACAGCGGAGAGCCCUCACGGACAUCUGCCAGAACGGGAUGCUUCCCAGGGAGCAUCCAUUGGCUGCCUCGGUGCCGUAUGCACGAUUACACGAAGACGGGUUCGAAAUCCUCGGUAGCCUCGAAUCCCAUCUGGAGUCUGAACGUGGAGUUGUCACUCCUAGGGACGCUCUGCGACAGGAUGCGCGUUACGGCGGGCGGCCGCGGGCCGCUUCAGACCGGAUUGAUCACGCUAGCAACCUUGAGUAUCUAGCUGGUCGCUACGACGAGCCGUAUCACUACGCUCUGCCAGUGUACGAUGGAGGUGUACAGGGCUACUACCAAGGGCCCGGGCCGUGGGCGCCUCAGGCAUCGUCGGCCAUCCGCCAAGGCACCGGAUACCGCCCAUACGGCGUCUAUCCGCAAGGGUUCACAGCCCAGUCUGUCCAGGUGGCUGAACCGUAUUACCCCCGCGAACCUCGUGCUCCAGAGCUGUAUCCGCGACACGGGUCGGUGGUAUAUGGCGACGAGAUGGGCCCGCCGGCCGCGUAUGCUUCUAGGCCGCCGUUGAGGAUGGACUACGAGGAGUAUGAUCCUCGGUAUCCCGAGACGGGUCGUGGCACCGCCGCCGCUGCUUCGCGCGAAGCACGGCGUUGA